AUGGCAGGACCACGAGGCAUCGUGCCCUCCCUGGACACCAUCCAAGAACUCCUCUCCAAGACACCACCCCCCGGCAGCAAAAAGCCCAACCUAGUCCCCGUCUACCGCCAAAUCUCCUCCGACCUCAUCACGCCCUCGGCCGCCUACCUCAAAGUCUGCGCCCACGCCAAGAACGACUCCGAGUACUCCUUCCUAUUCGAGAGUGCCGCCACCGAAAAAGUAGGCCGGUACAGCUUCGUCGGCGCCGCGCCCCGCAAAGUCAUCAUCACCGGUCCCGGCCACGGCGAUGAGGUCGAUCCCUUGCCGGGGCUCGAGGCCGAGCUGGCCGAGUAUGUCGUCGCUAGCGUGCCGGGCGUGCAGUUGCCGCCCAUGGCUGGAGGCGCUGUGGGUUAUGUCGGGUAUGAUUGCGUGAGGUACUUUGAGCCUAAGACGGCGAGGCCGAUGGAGGAUGUUUUGAAGAUUCCUGAGUCGUUGUUUAUGCUGUUUGAUACCAUUGUGGCUUUUGAUCGGUUUUACGGCGUCAUCAAGGUUAUUACGUAUUUACACGUGCCCGAGGACCUCGGCGCCUUGGAGUCGGUGUACAAGGAGGCCAAGGACAGGAUCAACGAGCUCGUCAACGUGCUCAACGGACCCGAGAUCCCCUUACCAGAGCAAGGCCCCAUAACGCUAGGCCAGGAAUACAAGUCCAACAUCGGUCGCGAGGGCUAUGAGGGCCACGUGACGACUCUCAAGAAGCACAUCGUCCGCGGCGACAUCAUCCAGGCGGUCCCCUCCCAGCGGUUCGCACGCCCGACGAACCUCCACCCGUUCAACAUCUACCGGCACCUACGAACGGUCAACCCAUCCCCUUACCUCUUCUACAUCAACUGCCGCGACUUCCAAAUCGUCGGCGCCUCGCCCGAGCUCCUCGUCAAGUCCCAAAACGGCCGCAUCGUCACGCACCCCAUCGCCGGAACCGUACGUCGCGGCAAGACCCCUGAGGAGGACGAGAAGCUUGCCGAGGAGCUGCGCAGCUCGCUCAAGGACCGCGCCGAACACGUCAUGCUGGUGGACCUGGCGCGUAACGAUGUCAACCGCGUCGGGGACCCGUUCACGGUGCGCGUCGACCACCUCAUGGUUGUGGAGAAGUUUAGCCACGUGCAGCAUCUCGUGUCGCAGGUUUCGGGCGUGCUGAGGCCCGAUCAGACGCGGUUCGAUGCGUUUAGGUCGAUUUUCCCGGCGGGGACGGUUUCGGGGGCGCCGAAGGUUAGGGCUAUGGAGUUGAUCGCUGAGCUGGAGAAGGAGAAGAGGGGGGUAUAUGCGGGGGCGGUGGGGUAUUUCGGCUAUGGGGGUGUUGAUGAGGACGGGAAGGAUGUGGAGGGGGCUAUGGACACUUGUAUUGCGCUUCGGACGAUGUUGGUGAAGGAUGGCGUGGCGUAUCUCCAGGCUGGUGGCGGCAUCGUGUUUGACUCGGAUGAGACGGAUGAGUGGGUUGAGACGAUCAACAAGCUGGGCGCGAACAUGCAGUGCAUUACGUCGGCAGAGGAGUUGUACUACGAGCAGCAGCAGCAGCAGCAGCAACAACAGUAG